UUAUAAAAUGUAUUGACAGUAAAUAAAAUGGCACUGUUUUCAGUUAUUUGCACCUCACUAUCUGAAUUUUCUGUAGAAGAUAAAAUACAAAAGGAAUCUAUUUCUCCAAAAUAUACAGCAAAUAUUUUUCCUUUGUAACUGUAAUUAUUUUAGUUAAUAAAAUUAAAAAGUUGUUGGUAUUCUUGUUAAUUAGGUGGCUCUUUAACCAAGUUUCUAACAUUGUGGCUAACAAGCUACGUAUCUAAAUGACAAGUUGUGAUAAGUUAGGGCCGAUUUUAUAUGACACAUCGUGUUUUUAGUGGCCAUGACAUUGAUCUAUCCUGUCCCUGCUUGUUGGAGGUUGAAGUGUUUCACACGGUUUCUUUCUACUUGUAAUUCUGCUUUCUAAAGAAGAACAAACCCCACUCAGUGCUAAUCAUGUGAGAGGCAGACAUUAACUCGGUGAAAUGGAGGCAAGAUAAGAUGCUGGCAAUCUAUAUUAUCAGUCUGCACUUCACCUACUGAUGCGAUAAAAGUUAUUUUCUUUGGUCAGCUCUACAUCUUGUCUGUCACUUACCAAGAUGUUUUAUAUUCAGUUACAUCACAUGCAGCUCAAUCAGUAUUCUUCACUGAUUAAAUUACGUGAUCUUGUCAUGAGCUCUGGAGCCCAUCAAACAGGGUUUAGAGAACAAUACUACAGUGUCUUAGAGGCUGGAAGGUGACAAUGACUCUGCAGUUGGUUUUUAACAGACAGAUGACUGUUGCUGCCUCGGGUGCAUCCGUUUUAACAAUCUGGUUGAACAGGUUGACUUUACCUGACAGGGAGCUGUGCCUGUUUCAUUUUAUGACCAAAGGAGCUAAUAGCAAUGACCUAAUAAGUGAGCAAACACAGGAUGAUCACGAGUGUUUGACUCCUCCGUCUGAUUGAUAAGUCCACUUGUCACUGUUAAUUUAAGGAUAAUGUUUCCUAGUGUGAGUCAUGGGUGUUGCAACCUAAAACCGAAGUUGUUUUGUUUUAAAGGCUUACUUACAACUAACUUUACUUUAUGUCGACUGUACUAUCAACUCAAACACCUUAUUCCAUUAUACUGUACAUUCAUUAAGAAAAAAAAUUAAAUACUGAGGAAGAAAAGCUGUAUUUACCUACUUAAAGUGUAUUUUAGGCUUGUGCAUCAAUCAUUUUGUCAGGGAGGGUUUCACCUUUUAGUUUGUAGAUAUCUCAUAUAUGAAUUAGGAACAAACACCUUACAUGCAAAUAGGACACUGUUUGCAUACACUUCUUGCCUUAUGAAAAUGAGAGGCUUUGAAUACACAAGCAUCCUGUUUAAACUAUCUUCCCUUCCCUUCACACACUGACAGACGACUGACCUAGAAGUGAUGAAAGGCUAAAGACAAAUAUCCCAUAGAGAACAAAGGCAGAACAAGACUGAUAUCUCAUAAAACAAUGUGAUACCUAAAACAUUUGUACCCCUGGUUUAAAUAUCAUAGUGAGGUUUUGCUUAUUUUUAACAUCUACAGUGUGUUUUCUUUUUAAAUUAGUAAAACCACAAAAACAGGGAAGUUCAUAGUAAUAUAAUACUUCCUGGAUACCUCAGUUUCAAAAUGACACUGAUGUGUUUCAAGCAUGUGGGCCAAUAAUAAAUAGACUCCUUAAGGCUGCAGGCAUUUUUUCAUGUCUGGGCAUGCCAGUGGAAGCUCCCAUCUUCCCCUUUGAUUGACACACACCAUCCAGUGUGUUUAGUGACCACUCAUUUCAGUGGCGACCCACAAUGAGCUCCAUUUGGCUCCUGGAAGGUGUGAAAAGGCACACUUCUCCCUGAACCCCCCUGUCUUUGUUGUUGGGAUUGAUUUAACAGACAGAGGCAACUCACAGAAGGUGUGAGUCCUACUGGUUAUUCGCUACACACACACAAACACACACACAGCCUGUGACACAGCCCCAGACUCCACCCCUCCUACGCAGUCACUCUCACAGGUCUGACUAUACAGCCCUCACCCUGCCCAGUGCUCACUCAGUAUAAGUCAGACUUCAGCAGGGAGCGCACUGCACUCUUGGAUUACACUCAUCCAUCACAGAAGGAGUACAGUUUGUCUAUAGAGCAGCGCAAAGCCCCACAGAGCACAGCAGCAUGGGGAGCAGCAUGUCAUGUGUCCCCCAGCACAACUUCAGAUUCUCCAGCAAGAGUUUCAUACGCAGAAACAGCAGUCGCCUGUUUCGCAAGAAGAAUCCCCAAGAGGGACAGGAGAAGUCCAACAGUAUCAUCAAUAUCCUUUGCACUGUCACCCCCAGGAAGGAAAUGUCCUCCAAAGAUCUGCAGACGAUAGAGAAUAUAAAAUGGGAUCCGCCAUUCCCCUAUGACCCGGCAAGCGGCUGGAAGAAAAGCAGUAUCAAUGUGAAGAAUUAUGGCCGGAUGAUUCACAGCUCCAAAGUUCGUUUCCGUUUCGUUCACUGCCAGGACGUACAUGAUUGCUACUUGGAUCUCUUCCAGACACACCUUCAUUUUGUGUCCAACAACACAAGCGGACUGACAUACCAGGGGACUCUUCCAUUGAAAGAACUCACCAUCUGCAACCUGCAACAGAACUGCAACCACAGCCAACCCCAAGAAUUUGCCUUUCAAAUAAACGGUGUCAGCCUUAACCACAUCAUCGUCUACUGUGCCAACCAAGAGGAAUUGGACCUAUGGUUUGGCCUACUUAAAGAAAAUAUCGAGGCGAAUGGAGGCACUGCAAUUGCACCUGAGAACUUCACCAGAGUGAAGCUAAACCAGCAUGAGACUCCUGAAGGCAGAGAGGAGCUGAGGAACUCCAUCAACAGAGAGCCCAUCUACGAGUGGGAGGGCUCUCAGCGAGACAGCCUGGGUCCCAUCACCUACGUCACUAAAGUCCGACUGCAGCACCUGCCCUGUCAGGAACAGAAUGACAGACUACUGGUGAUGUACCCAUCAACGCUGAUCAUCCUGUCAGAGGAGAACGAUGGGCUCUUCUAUAAGGGGAAACUUCCACUCAACAUGAUUACUGUGACCACACCCUGCCAAGACGUUAAACCCAACACCUUUAUGAUUGAAGGAAAGCUGAUCAACCCCAUAGUGGUGUCCUGUCUGGAUAGGGCCGAGUUCUGCGAGUGGAUCCAGCAUUUCAAAGCUGCUGACGUGCCCGUUCUCAGUCCCCCGCCCCCUGUGUAUGACAUCAUCUACACCCCGACGCACAGAGAGGCGCCCCAGUUUGACAGGUGGAGUGGAAACAGCCAAGGACGCUCUGAAUCCUUAAAGUUCAGCCAGUCACAGAGUGGACGUGGGUCCCACAACCUUCAGUUACCCAUUCAUGAAGACAACCCUCUCUCCCCAGGAUACUGUGAGCCCCUCUGUUAUAGCUCCAGCCGUCCCUCCUCGACUGAAACUGCCCGCCUGGGAAGCAGGACCAACAGUGUGUCAUCCCACACCAAGCCCGACCUACGACCUUUGUCACUCCGUUACUCCUCCCCACAGCGCAGCUCCUACCUCCAGCCUGCAGAGAGCUCGGUGCUGUCUCAGAUCUACAGCACGCCCUACUCUGCCCUGCACCGUGCCAGCCCGCAGCAGCUGGAGAAAGCGCCGCUUGUCAAGUCAAACAGCUGGAGCACACCUCAGACAACCCUGAACUACUCCCUGAACGCCCCGCAGCGCCACUCGGACAUGUGCACCCCCCGGCAGCCCUUGUCGCCCCUGUACGAUGAACCCUGCAGCCCAGAAAUCUACUCUCUGGAUGAGGCCAGGCCAGUGCAUCAGAGCUGGCAAGAACCCAUUCAUCAGCACCACCACCAGCAGACCCCCCAGCUCCUACCCUCCUCCUUCCAGCUACGCACACCUCCCUUGGGCAAGCGUUGCAGGAGAAGCCUGGUCCUGACCAACUCCCAGGGACAGGCUCUGGGCCUGGAGAUGGAGGCUCCUCAAAGCCAAGCAGAGCAGAGAGCCGAGGCCGUGUCAAGGCUAAAGCUGCUGCCUGCGCCCGGCCAAGUGCAAGAGCAGAUUCUCCUCCCAUCGGGCUCUGUGAUGAACACCUCUCAAAUGCCUUAUGGUUACUCACCAGAUCACCACUCGUAUCUUGAUCCCACAGAACCAGAUGACCAGGAAAUGGACUAUGACAACAUUUGGGAGUACGACUGUGAUACUGGAAUGAUUCAGCCAACGUCUGGAAUUUCGACACACUGGACAGGAUUAGACUUUGGGGCCAGAGGCCUUAGUGCCAUGGCAACCCAGCAGAGAUGGUCAUAAAACAAAACAAUAGCCCGGCACUCGUCUGGACGUGUGCAAACAACAGAUCUCUAUCAGAGGGAUAAUAAAAGCCAACUAGCACAGCCUGUGUUGCUCCUGCUGCGUACAGUAUGAAGAAACAAAUCCCAUGAACUGCGUUGUUACAUGUUGGGCAGUCGAGCAGAGGAAUGUUGAGCGCAGGUAUGAAGAGGAACAGGCUGAAAACAAAACAUUAUGAAACUGAUCACAGACUUCAAUUGUCUGUUUGAUAUGUAGCAUUCACGAAAUAGGAGUGUACAUACUGUGUAGUUUUAAUGUUAUUUUUGUAAUGUGUUAUAUAAUUGCACGGUCAAAGAUGUCAUAUGUAGUGCAUAUGUAGUUUUUUAUAUUUAAAGUAUUUUCUAACAUGCUGUCCAGUUUAUCUAUUGUUUUAUUGUUUUAUUUUUCUUUGUUUUUACUUAAAGCUGUAAAAAAGCAUUCCACCAGGGCUUGUUAUAGUAAAGGAUGUAUAUUUUUGUAAAUGUAUGUACAUUUAAUAUUUUAUUAUGCUACAUUGUCAAGGCGAAUAGAUGUGGCUUCAACCGACUGCCUUAAAGGUGCUAAUGUUACUAUCAUUACUGCAGAAUACUGAUACCUGUGUGGCUUCCUUUUUUCAUAUUUGUUUGAGGUGUUUAUUUAUAUUUGGAAAUAAAACUGGAAAAGUGAAUCAACACGUUUACAGUAUCUCUGUUUUAUCUUAUUCCAGACAUGUUUUAAGACAUAAAAAUAUUAGGAUGCAAGGAUGCAAGAUGCAAUUUAGUAUCCCUAAGAACAUUUAUCAGAUAUAACAUAUGCAUGAGGCUGAUUGAUGAGAUAUUAUUUGACCAUAGAAAAGUUAUUGUU